CUCAUUGAGUCAAAAAUGGCAUCAAAGGCUGCUUAUAAGAGGUUAAUGAAAGAAUAUUUAACGCUUCAAAGAAAUCCUGUAGAGUAUAUUGACGCCAGACCAGCACCUGAAAACAUUUUAGAAUGGCAUUAUAUCGUUACUGGUCCUCCAGACACGCCAUAUGAGGGUGGUCAAUAUCAUGGAACUCUUAUAUUCCCUUCAGAGUAUCCUUUUAAGCCUCCAGCAAUACGGAUGAUUACGCCAAGUGGACGUUUUCAAACAAAUACUCGUUUAUGUCUGUCGUUUUCUGACUUUCAUCCCAAGUCGUGGAAUCCUGCAUGGAUGGUUUCGACGAUUCUUGUUGGCCUCGUCUCGUUUAUGACCUCCGAUGAAAUAACUACAGGUGGCAUUGUCACGCCCGAAUCCACAAGACGAGCCUAUGCAAAGGAUACUAAGCGGUUUAAUUUAAUGGAUAAUCCCAAGUUUGUUGCCGUAUUUCCGGAACUUUUAGAGCAGAAUCGGCGAGACAUAAUGGAACAAGCUGCCGCAAAGGCAAAGGUAAAUGCCGAAUCAGCAACUCAGAAUAAAAAUCCUAGUGCAUCGGAGGCAGAUUCGAAUGCAUCAAGAAGUCAAGAACGAAAAUGGUUCAAAAGUCGUUGGGGCAUUGCCGUUGUGGUUUUUCUCGCACUAGCAUUAGCUCGUUUCCUUGGAACUGACGCUUAAAUUAUUCUUGCCGUUAUCCGAGCUUUCAUUGUCAUAAGAUGUUAACCCUUAAUUCUAUCUUUUCGUCUUCCAUUUUAUAUUCAAAUAGAUUUCGUUUCUCUGCUUUUUCAUAAAUAUCUAUAUAACAAUGUAAUACACGCUAUAAAAUGUUUGACGUUCUAUCAUUAAUAAAGGAUUUCGUUUUCAUUUUAUGUGCUGUCCUGCUAUACUUUCAUCUAGCCUUUAAAUUUAUCAAUGCAUCCUCGACUUUGUUUUAUUUUAGACUUCCUACUCGUUUUCUGUUGCUAUCCAUGUCGUUGCAUAGCCUGCUGCUACAUAAGUGACCGCUCCUGGCAAUCUCAAGUUUUUAGCCUGGUAAACAUCUUGACGAUCUUCAUUAAAUGCGUUUCCAUGUUCGUUCCAUCCAUAAAUAUAUGCUUCCAUUGAUUUUGUCUGCACAAUAUUGUGUUCGCUACCUCCAGCAAUCGUUUGCGCGUUAUUUUGUACAGUAUGUGCUUUUUGAGCACGAUCACCUCUGCCGAAUGCAUAAAUUCUUCCAUUGGAAUCUAGUAAAGACAGUGUAGACCAAUUCGAAGAUAUAUCAACAAUAAGAGAAGAAAGCUUCGGAUUAUUAUCCUGCCAUCGCAUGCAUUCCUCAGAAAGAUUCCAACGAUCACCGCCUAGUAUACUUACUCGACCCGUUUCUUGGAGGAAGGCAGAAAACUGAAGUCCGCAACAUACCUUAUGAGCAUGCUCUACUUUGGCCAAAAACUGAACUUUGUUGGUCAUCUUUGGAACCACUGGUCCUAAUUGACCCUUACGUCCGUCUCCACAGCCAUAAACGUUACCCUGGUUCGUAACACAGAUCCAAUGUUUCACACUUGAAGAUAUGUCUAGUAUAAUUUCAUUUUGAUUAAGGUAAGGGAUCAUAAUUUUCGUUAAAGACGACCCCCCAACCUCUCCCUGGCCUAGCUCUCCAUGAGGACCAGCACCGCAUGUCCAAACAGUUCUUCUGUCUUUUCCCACCAAGACGCUAAAUUCCCAUCCAGCAGCCACCAUGGACCAUUGUUUUCUGUUCGCGAUUUGAAACUCAUGAAUAUAAUCUGACUUCAAAGGUUUCAGGUUGUUGAUUAAUUCAUCUACAAUAACGUCGUCAAACGUUUGACAACACUGUAACUUUCUGUUAUCUCCACAAGCCCAAAGGUGACCAUUUUGAUCCAGAAUCAGUGUGUGAUUUCCUCCGCAUGCAAUUCUCUUUGGUUGUUCCGGAAAAUUCACCUUCUCUGGUUUUGAUAUAUCUUCCUCAUGCUUUAAUCCUAGCUGAUAAUUUCCAUUAGAUCCUAGAGAGUAUAACAUCAUAAUUUAUCUUUAUUCGGUCCAUUUACCCAACUUUAGUGGUAUGUUGGUGUGGACACCCAAUCCAAAGUACUGUUACUUUCUAUAAGAUUGAGCAACGCUGUCAAUUUUGUAUUAUAAAAAAUCUUAAAUAAUAAAGAAAACGGAACAAAAUAAUACCAAUAUUGC